UGCUCCCAGGAGGUUUGGCGGGUUGGAUCUGCUUUCCUGCGAGCAAACCGACAACACAUGCUCCAACACGAUAGUUUCAUAUCAAGGCACGCAUCUUUCAUUUAACGGAGCGUUAGUGUUUUUCGUUUUUAUUAACCCGGCGAGUUCGUUUUUGACCGCUGUAAGUCUACUAAAAGAGGUUAUAACUUUAAGAGUGGGGUGUUCCUCAUAGCUGUGAUUAAGAAUGAGGAAACAACAGUGACUCCGGGUCCAAGUCAUCUUCGUUUAACAACAUCGGCGGUCACACGAAUGUGCUGAUGGAAGGUUCCAAACAAACCACCACCCCGAACCCGAAAGCUGAAGAUGGGAACCCACAGUACAUCGCCUUUGUUCUGGUGCCUCUCUUCUUUCUGGUGGGACUUUUGGGGGUCCUCAUCUGCCACAUCCUGAAAAGGAAGGGCUACCGUUGUACAACUGAGGCAGAGGAAGAGGAAGAGCUGGAGAAGGAGGAGGUCGAAGUAAUGAAAGAUCCAGAAAAAGGAGAACUGAAUGACACCUUUAGUGAGAGCAACAAUGACACAGUCGGGCAAAUUGUUCACUACAUCAUGAAAAAUGAAGCAAACUCUGAUGCGCUCAAAGCCAUGGUUCAAGACAGCAUGGACUCAGAAGGUGCCCCAGUGACGCCCACUUCUCCAGACACCCCGGACAGCCCUGUGCCACCAGGGUUUCCACCCAACGCAGCCAAACAUACCUGUAACCAUCUGCACACCAUCGGAGGCGUCAGUGAAAAUAAAAACAUCUGCCACCGCUGCAACCAGAAGAAAUGGCCUCUCAUGAGGCGCUCGUCCAGCAAGAAGAUGGACAGGCGCAGUCACGUGGGAGAGGUCACGGUGUUGUCUGUGGGCAGAUUCCGGGUGACAAAGUGUGACCCCAAAUUUGCCCGUGUAAGGCGUACCUUGCUAAUCCAGGAUCCUAAUGGGAGUGUCCCCACAUCCCCUGCUAAAGCUGACCCCCCUGAAAGCAUUACAGGUGCACAGUCACAGGUGAAGGAGGACGAUGCAAAGUGAUAACUAUAAAGUCCUGACAGCUUCUCGGGCCACAUUUUUAAAAGAUUUUAAUCUGGAAGUCAUACUUCCAAUAAUAAGCUUAGGGCGAAAAAACGCCUCAAAAUACAAUAGACACGAGAACAGAGGGAAAAACAGGGUGAUGGGAAAUGACGCGAAACCUCAGAUCGUGUGACGUGUCAGCUGUGGAAAGUGGAAAGCCAUUUUACAUCUGCUAACUCGUCACCACGACAACCCACAUUUCAUAGCACACUCGCGUCAUUACCAAUGACUAAAGCAUGUCAAUGGUUAAUCCAACCAGGCGCUAUGAUCGGAUAGCUUUGUCCAAUACCUCUCUAGGCUUUUUUACAGAAUUUUUUGCUUUAUCAUCUUGCAAGCUGUGAUAAACAGAGCCAUGAAAUGUUUUCUUUUAUUUAAACCAGCCAUUGACAUGCUCACUUCACCGAAUGCACCUAUUCACCUUUGGUUUUUAUGAACGCCUUAAUUUUACUGGACGUGUUUACUGUAAUGUCUUAACUGGUCACUUAAUCACUGUGAUUUCUGUUUCACGUGUCUAUCAAACACUCGAUGGCGCAGAAUUUUAAAGCAUUCUUCUUAUGCUCAUGAAAGAGCAAAUCUAUAGCUUGCAUGCUUUUUCGGCUCUCCAGUAAUGUGUAAACUAUAUAAGACAAUUUCUUUCAUUAUACUUACUCUUAAUAUAUUGUUGUUUAAUGUAUGGUACCUCAAAAAAUGUUGUUGCUUUAGUGCCAAUAUAGGUGAACACAAAAAUUAAAGACUGGGUAGUUGUGGGAACAAGGAUUUGAGCAUUUUAACCAAAGCAAAUUUCCAAUAAAUAUUUUGAAAUGAUGUAUAUUGCCUUUUAUUAAUAUUGAGAUUUGGGUGUGUGGUGCCAUUGGGUUUUAUUUUUUAACGUUUACAUUAAGCAUUUCUUAUAAACCCAUUAAAUGUCUAUAAAGUCUUCUAAUAUGCUUACGCAUUGGCAGAACGUGAAGUUCAGAUCUGUCAAAGUCUUGCUGUUUAAACUUUAUUUAAAAGAUUUAGACUGAAAUAUCUGUAUAAAAAAACAACAAAUUAUAGAUAAUGAUUUGGGAAAUAUAUAUGACAUGAAAAUUAAAAGCAAAUCUGUAAAUUGUGAUGUAAAAUUGGAAGACUGGCAAAGGUUUGUACAGAGUUGUUAAAUAAAUAUAUUAUGCAUAAUAGGAGAAUGUAAUAUUAUUUUGCUGAAAUGUUUUCUAUGCAGGAUUUAUAUAUUAAAAAGAUUAAACAUA